AUGUCAUUAUUUGCUUGUUUUGAGGAUUUUCCUCCUGGGCCUGUUCUGGUAUCUGAGGGACAGAGAUAGGCCUAGAAUGAAGACGAUGAUAUGAGAAAAGUUAACGACAAACCUAAGGGGACAGUUGUGAGAUUUUGGGAUGAAGCCCCCAUUAAUCUUGUCGAGCCUAGUUGCUCGGAGGAGGAUGUUGAAUUGAAUUGUGAAUAUUUUGAUAAAAAAUUCUUUUCAAAUAUUUCAGUGUAAAUGGUGAGCAUCAUUUUUAUAUACCUUCUAUAGUACCAAAUGAUGCUAUUUAUUUUAGGACAUAUUAUUAUUAAAAGGUAGUAUGAUGAAUAAUGCUUAAAUUUAACUUCUGUUAAUUAAUAUUAACUUUGA